UCUCCCACGGAUAGCCAAGGGCAAAGCAGUGAAAAGAAUGUACCGAUUCGAUCCGAAGCUGCACUUGGUUGCAAAACAACCCUCGAAGGUCCACCUGCUGACAGACCUUGGAUACAAGAAAGACAUUGGCGUAUCCCCCAUGGCUGCCUCGGAAGCCUUCCAACUCUUCACCCCUGAAGCCAUCCAGAUUAUGCGGAAGGAGAUUCAGAAGCCUCAAGUCCACAAGAACCACAGCUUUAGCAGCAAUAUUGCGGCUUGCCAACUCAGGGGCUAUGCUAAAGAUCACGCACCAUUUACCUAUGAAGCUUGGAACCAUCCCGAUACCCUAAAGUUCAUGUCAAGCAUUGCUGGCAUUGACAUUGUCCCAGCCAUGGAUUACGAAAUUGCCCACAUCAACCACUCGGUGAAGGUCACGACGGCAAGCAAAGACCAAUCCGCAAGUAGAGAGUCUUUGUCCAACAAUAAGACAGAUGAGGAUGAUGAUGAAAAACCCAUCGUUGGAUGGCACACUGACAGCUACCCAUUCGUUUGCGUGCUCAUGAUGAGCGACUGCACUGGCAUGGUAGGAGGCGAAACCGCAGUGCGAACAGCCGAUGGCAGAAUCAUAAAGAUUCGAGGUCCGACUCAAGGGUGCGCAGUCAUGCUGCAGGGGCGAUACAUUCUUCACCAAGCCAUGCGCGCUCGCGGCGCCCAAGAGCGCAUCACGUCCGUGACUAGCUUCCGUCCGAAAUCAGCUUUGGCUCCCGACGACACGGAGUUACGGACGGUUCGACCAGUGUCUAAUCUCUCUGAGCUGUACUACGAUUUCGCAGAGUAUCGACUCAAGAUGAUGGAGGAGCGUGUGGAAGCCGAGCGCGAGAAGAUGCGGGCUCACCGGGUGAGAGGUGAUGCCAUGGACACGCUGGAACACAAGGAGUUCCUCGGGAAGAUGGUACGUUUCGCAGAGCAGAGCGACCGUGAACUGGUAGAAGAGGGAAAAGUUCAAAAGGGGUACAUUGUCUAG